AUGUCCCCGGCGGAUGAUACUCAGUAUGACGAUGGCUCUCAGCCAGUUUCUGUGCCCGACACGGCCGACACGGGCGAGAGCGGCAAGCUCAAGAUGAUUAUAUCACUUGUCAAGAAGGUCGUGGGUGUGAAGGACAUCGCGUCCAUGCGACUAUCGCUGCCUGCUUCGUUGCUGGAGCCGAUCCCGAACCUGGAGUACUGGCAUUAUCUGGACCGGCCAGAUCUGUUCGCGGCCAUUAAUGAUUCUGACGAUCCUUUCGAACGCAUGCUGGCCGCUCUCCGAUUCGCGUUCUCCAAGGAUCUGAAGUUCAUACGCGGCAAAGUUUGCAAACCCUACAACUCUGUUCUCGGAGAGCACUUCCGAUCGCAUUGGGAUGUGAUCCCGGUCGAGUACCCGUCCGACCCCACGGAGCCGCCAAUCCAGCAUCUCUACCUCACCUCGCCCGCACCUGAAUCGACAUACUCUUCUCUGGCGCCGACUCCGGCGCAGACGCCGCGUAUACCGGUGUCUGAGACGGCGAGCCUGAGCGGUCGCAGCAUCAAGAGCGGCAAGAGCGUCGUCAGCGGGCUUAGCACGCUGUCGCGCGGCACAUCCACUCCAGGAAAGAGCACCCCAGCGACAUCUCCAGACUUGGUCGAGACGAACCUGGAGGCGGGCGUGUCAAGCCUGAACCUCAACGACGGGAGCACGGAGUUGCUGGAGGCGGACGAUGCGCCAGAAGUGGAGGGUAAGCGGCGCGUGCGCGUCGUAUUCCUGACGGAGCAGGUCUCGCACCACCCGCCCGUGUCAGCCUUCUACGCGUCGUGUCCGAGCCGGAAGACGGAGCUUAUGGGCGUAGACCAGAUCUCGGCGAAGGUCUCUGGGACGACAAUCCGCAUCGUGCCGGGCUCGUACAACAAGGGCAUUUUCGUGCGCCUCACUGGCGGGCCGGGGGAGGGCGAGACGUACCAGAUCACCCACCCGGUGGGCUCCGUGAACGGUAUCUUGCGCGGGAGCUUCUACAUCACGAUGUGCGAGGCGACGAUCAUCGAGUGCAGUGGCGGAACGGAUGAGGAGAAGCUGCGGGCGGUGAUCGAGUACAAGGAGGAGUCGUGGCUGGGGAAGGCGCACUUCUUGGUCGAGGGCGUGAUCCACACGUACAAGCCCGGGAGCACAGAGCACCAAGAGUGGACGCGGGUGAGGCAUGUCCCGCGGGACCGUGUGCUCGCAACGCUCGACGGUUCGUGGAAACACCGCAUCCGGUGGAAGCGUGUCAACGCUCCGAGCUCGGAAUAUGCAACUCUGAUCGAUUUGUCUAUGCUGUGUGCGAUACCGAAGUCGGUCAGGCCGCUGGAGAAACAACAUCCGAACGAGAGUAGGAAGUUGUGGGAGAACGUGACGAACAAUCUGCUGGCGAAGGAGUAUAGCGAGGCUACGAAGCACAAACUCUCUAUCGAGCAGCGCCAGCGUGAUGAUGCCGCGGAGCGGAAACGGAAGGGCGUGCAGUUUGUACCGAAUUACUUCGAGAGCGACGUAGAUUCCGGCAUACCCAAGCUAACUGAAGCUGGCCGUCAGGCACUAGAAGAGGAGCUCAAGGAGGAGGCGCUAUACCCGUUGGAAGCCUGA